AUGAUAUCAAGCAACGGUCUCAAACGUAAAUCAUCAACACCAAUCUCAACAGACAAUAACAAUACAACAAUAACAACAACAACAACAGCAAAACGAUUCCGUGGCAGUUCUUAUGAUGGGAAAAUUCAUCAUAAUGAACAGCAAACAUUAUUAUCAAAAAUAAAAUCGACUAAAAUGACAAUAAAUAAUAGUAAACAAGAAAUGACAUCAGAAUAUCGUCAACUUCAAUAUGAAUUGCAAUGUCAAGAAGCUUUACUUGUUCUUAUGCAAAAGUUGAAAACAAAUCAACGAAUUACAUCACAAACAAAUCAAAAACCACCACCACCACCACCAACAACAACAACCACGACCACAACAACAACAAAAACACCUGUUAACACAUCAAAGUUAAAUUCAACUACACCAACAAAACAACAACCAUUAAAUUCAACAAAUCGAUCAACACCAACUAAAUCACCACAUCCAAAUCAAUAUACAGUUAAUCGAUCAAAUAAUAAUUUACAAGUCCAACCAGUAUCAAAAUCAUCUCAAUCGUUACCUCAAGCUACCCGUCAGUCAACUAAUAGUACACAACCGGCAACAGCUACUCGUCUAUCGUCGACAGUACCAACGACAGCUACGAAAAAUUCUUCUCUAGUAUCGACAACAAAUAAUUCAUCAAAAAAUAAUGGUAUUACUACUGAUCAACAUUUAUUUAAUGCGAAAUUAGCUUUACGUAAACAACUUGAACAAACUCUAUUACAAAUUCCAACGCCAAAACCAACUAUAUGUGAUUUAACUUAUAUCCCUGGUAUAAAUGGUUGGGCAGAAUUUUUAACAUUAGUUGGUCUUGAACAAGCCUAUAAUACAUAUUCAGAUAUCGUUAAUCGUCGUUUUUCAUCGGACGUUUCAAUGACUGCACCUAACGUAUGUGCUCAAUGUGGUACAGAUUGGUCUGUAACAUGGCAUGAUGUUUCAUCAGCUAGUGAUAUAGAUAAUAAAGAUGAAAAAAUACUGUGUGAUCGUUGUAGAAAAACAUCACAGAAGAAAAUUCUGAAACAAGAUCAUUCAAAUCGUUUACGGCAGGCAUUUAUGAAAGCAUUGCAACAAGAAAAAGAACUUGACGCGAAAUUUCAACAACAAGCAGCAACAACAGUUAAACAACAACCACCAGCGCCAGCACCAGCGCCAGCACCAUCAUCAUCUUCACAUCAUAAACACUCGAAUAAACCAUUGUCAACAAAAAUAAAUUCGAAUCAUCAAUCUACAAAACAUACCAAUAAUAAUAAUAAUAAUAAUAAUAACCAUCGUCACCAUCAUAGUGGAAAGACUAGUUCAUCAAAACAUCCUAUUCCAGCUGAUACAUUUGCAUCAGCGUUAGCUGCAUUACCAACCAAUGAACAAAUAGAAUUAUUUCAAAAACAUUUUCUUUCAAAUAUGUUUCCAUUUGCUGUGGCAAAUCAAGCAGCUGCACUUGCAGCGAAAACAACUCAACAACAGCAACAAGCUUUAGCUGCAUCACUACCAGCAAUGGCUGCAUCAUUGAUGCGCCAAGGAAAUCCCGCUCAAUACCUAUUAGAUAUGAUACCACAAGCAGCUAAACAACAACAACAACAGCAACAACAACAACAACAGCAGCAUCAUCAUCAUCGUCACUCGAAAUGA